UCUUCCCCUCUCCCCAACUAUGUAUAAAUUCCCCUCCAUUAAUAAAGUUCCAAUCUAUCAAUCUGUCUCUCAUUUUCUUUCAAGUUCUCUAAAAGAUGGCUCAGUUGCGUGAUCUGAAAGAUGAGCUUGACAUUGUGAUCCCAACAAUCAGGAACCUUGAUUUCUUGGAGAUGUGGAGGCCUUUCUUUCAGCCCUACCACCUCAUCAUUGUCCAAGAUGGUGACCCCUCCAACACCAUUGGGGUCCCUGAGGGCUUUGACUACGAGCUCUACAACCGCAACGAUGUGAACAGGGUCCUAGGUCCCAAGGCCAGCUGCAUAUCUUUCAAAGACUCUGCAUGCCGCUGCUUCGGUUUCUUGGUCUCCAAGAAGAAGUACAUCUUCACCAUCGACGACGAUUGCUUUGUGGCGAAGGAGCCUAGUGGGAAAGAGAUAAAUGCUUUGGAACAACACAUCAGGAACCUGUUGACACCAUCAACUCCAUUGUUCUUCAACACACUCUAUGACCCGUUUGCAAACGGGUCGGACUUUGUUCGUGGGUACCCAUUUAGCUUAAGAGAAGGUCUGCCCACUGCUAUUUCUCAUGGGCUUUGGCUCAAUAUCCCUGACUAUGAUGCCCCAACUCAGCUAGUCAAGCCUCGUGAGCGCAACACCAGGUAUGUGGAUGCUGUGAUGACAAUCCCCAAAGGAACCCUUUUCCCAAUGUGUGGGAUGAACUUGGCUUUUGACAGGGAGCUGAUAGGCCCAGCCAUGUAUUUUGGGCUCAUGGGUGAUGGCCAACCCAUUGGCAGAUAUGAUGAUAUGUGGGCUGGCUGGUGUGCCAAGGUGAUAUGUGACCAUUUGUUGCUAGGGGUGAAGACAGGGCUGCCAUACAUUUGGCACAGCAAGGCAAGUAACCCAUUUGUGAAUUUGAAGAAAGAGUACAAAGGCAUAUACUGGCAGGAAGAUAUCAUUCCAUUUUUCCAAUCAAUCGUGCUCCGAGAAGAGUGCACAAGUGUCCAAGAUUGCUACAUUGAGCUUGCCAACAAGGUCAAGGAAAGGCUUGGCCCUAUUGAUCCUUACUUUGAGAAGCUUGGGGAUGCCAUGGUUACUUGGAUUGAAGCCUGGAAUGAGCUCAACCCACCGCCACCAGCACAAACUGCAACUGUGGCUCAUCCGAAUGUUGCCAUGAAGAACUAAGGCUAUGAGUCCUCCUCUAAAUUUAAAGCCAAAGUUAUCUGUCCUUUGGCCCUUGCAUAAGUAAUAUGUUAAAAGUCUCUCUUCCUUCUAUUCUCUUAAGAAUUUAUGGAUUUUUAGCUUUCUGUAUUAUUAAUUGAACUUAAAUUCUAUCUAUACAAGGUCGCUAUACAUAAGAUGACUCUAGGUUGAGGGUGAGUGAGGUGUUUGAUGAACAGAAACAGAAUAUUCAUUUUCCUUAGAGUCAUUUUGACAAAGAGUAAAAGAUAAUUAUUGCGGGUCACGGUAACGUCCUCAAUUUCGUAUACGUGCCGACACAAGUUUUCUUUACAGGUAGGAUCUUCUCAUUUGGAGCAGCCGCUGUCAAUUUUUUCUUUGUAGCUAGUGAAAUUGGACGUUUGGCCACUACAGCCGCCCACAUUUUUCUACAUGUUUCACAUUUUCACAAGAUUCAUAAGCCGCCUUCAUCGGUACCUCGCAAUAAAUACGUGUGGUAUACUUCUUAGUCAUAAUUCAUAUCCCUCAUAUUAGAGAUGGAGCACAACCAAAUACUUUUCCUGGCUUUACCAAAAUCAUCAGAUUCAGCUUCUCCUAAUCUCUCAUCAAACCCAUCAAAUAUUUCUCAAGUGUUUCCUCGUUUUCACAUCGACAGCGCAGGCCUAAUGAAGAAUGAAGCAAAAAUUUAUCAGCAUUGUGGAACCUCUUAUGGUUCGGUGGGCAAGGUGAAACCCGGAAAUAAAGAAGGUGGCAAAGAGACCAAGAAGCACAAAUAUGCAUUUCAAACAAGGAGCCAGGUUGAUAUACUUGAUGAUGGGUACCGAUGGCGAAAAUACGGGCAAAAAACAGUUAAAAACAGUAAAUUUCCUAGGUUAGUUUCUGCUGGCUCUCAUCAAAUAGUUUUCUUGUGAAUUUGUGGUAUUGAUCUUUGAUCGAAUUUGGGUAUGUUUGAACAUCUUAUCACAAUAAUCACAUAGACUAAACCACCAUUAUAUCUAUCUUUAUAUGCAUGCCUUUGAUAGAAAGCAAAAGGGUUCACUUAUCAACUACUUAAACCCUGGAAAAAGAACAGCAACCAUCCAUUUGAUAGAAGAUCUUCAUUGACAAGUAACCAAUAGAUCUAGAAAAGCUCUUUGAUCUGUCACCUGGAAGUUAGCAUGAUUCUCCUUUGAUCUGUCUAUAUUGAACUUUGUCAAAUUUCUGGCUUGUUUGUAGAAUCUAUCACCUAUAGCUACCUUUUACAGUUCUGAUUUUAUUUUGCAAUGAAUAUUCUGUGAAACACACAAGGAACCAAGAGAAAGAAAAACCCAAUGAAGACCAAGAAGUUUUGGAUUCUUGUGAUGAAGUUUUGAUAUAUUGGUUCUCAGUUCAAGUGCUAAGAAUGGGGAUCAAAAUGGAAGUCUUCUAUUUCUAAAUCAAACACUGUUAGCAAACUGCCAGCAAUUAAUUAUUGGAUUUGUAAAGUUUAUACCUAAGAUGGUCCUCUAAAUAAAUGCACUAAAACACUUGAUUGCUCAUAUCUGCUCAGUAACUUCAUCUUUGUCUAGUUCCAUGCUUCACCUAAUGCUUGAAAUUUCCUUCUGUUUCUGCAAUGCCUUGGUCAUCUUGCUCGUUCUAGUGAAUUGGUUUUUUGACUAUAUGAUGCAGAAGCUACUAUAGGUGCACGCAUCAAGGGUGCAAUGUCAAAAAGCAAGUCCAACGCCUUUCGAAAGAUGAAGAGAUUGUGGUGACGACAUAUGAAGGAAUCCAUUCACAUCCCACUGAUGAAACUUCCGCAGAAAACUUUGACCA